GGAGAAGGAAGCUGGAGGAAUGAGGGUAGCAGAGGGCAGCCACUGCGGCCACACAAGAUCAGCUGACUGACCAGCCACAUCACAUAGAUCGGCUGGCUGAUGGGUUUCUUUCGCAAGACUCUGAUCUAUGGCGGCGGGCUGGGCAGCGCCUGUGCUGCAGGUACAGUACAUGCCCGCAUACAGACGAAUUUUUUUCAUUUGCUAUCCCUUUGUGUGUGUGUUGAUGUGUGUUGAAUGUUGUCUGGCUGUCCGCACUGCACUGGCUGCGUUGCUUUCUGCAGGUGGUUAUGCGGCUCUGCACUACAACCAUCAGCAGGGGAUGAUAGGCCAUGCCAACUACUCGUAUGCGCCGCCGCCGAAGCGAGAGGACAACAUAGAGAGGAUGAAGAAGGAACACUUCGACCUCAUUGUUAUCGGCGGAGGCGCCACAGGUGACCAAUCAUGAGAUGAUAUGCAGAGCAGACGGACAGGCAGCCAUGGCUCUUGGGGAUGGAUGGAUGGAUGUGUGCAGGGAGCGGUGUUGCAGUGGAUGGCGCGAGUCGUGGGCUCAACUGUGCCUUGGUAGAGUAUGACGACUUUGCCUCAGGCACCUCCAGCAGGUCCACCAAGCUCCUGCAUGGCGGGGUGAGGUACCUCGAGGCCGCAUUCAAGAACCUUGAUAUCGGCCAGUAAGAAUUAUGGUGCAGUGCAUCGGAAAGAGAGGCCCGCACGGCACCGAGAUUAUGGUGGUGGUGGUUGUGGUUGUGUCCCUCACUCAGGUUGUAUUUGGUGUGGGAGGCGUUGGAGGAGCGUGCGCACAUGAUGAAGAGCGCGCCGUUCAUGUCCAAGCCGCUGCCCAUCGUCAUGCCCAUCUACAACUGGUGGCAGGUGCCUUACUUCUACGCGGGCAUCAAGGCCUACGACUGGCUCGCCAAGCUCGUCUGCUGCUUCGACACAGGUGCGCAGCGCACGCAACGCAAGCCCCCCUCCCUCCCUCCCUCCCUCCCUCCCUCCCAAUACCCAUCCAUCCAACCAACCACCGAUGCUUAGUCCUUUUUGUUGUCUGCCUGUCCAUUCCAUUCCCUUCAGGCCUCCCCGAGUGCUUCUACACCAGCCGAGCCAACACCCUCUUUCUGUUCCCCCUCCUCAAGUCGGAAGGCCUUAAGGGCGCCCUUGUGUAUUACGACGGCCAGCACAACGACAGCCGCAUGAACAUCCAGCUGGCGCUGACGGCAUCGAUGGACGGCUACGUGGAGGGCAUGAAGGGCGCGGCGGUUGCGAACCACUGCCAGGUGAUCGGCGUCAUCAAGGACAGUGACGGCCUCGUGGUGAGCUGAGUUGCAACGCAGAGCAGACACACACAAAAAGCGGCGGGGGCAAUGUCAUUGCCUAUCGGUGUGUUGUGUGAUGUGGCAUGUGUAGAACGGGAUAAAGGUUCGCGACACGGUCAAGAAGGAAGAGUUUGACAUUCACGGCAAAGUGGUCGUCAACUGCACCGGUCAGUGAGAGAGGGAGGGGGCACGCAGCACCCCACAUCAUAGCCCCACCCACACAGCUGUCCUUGUCAUCCUCCAUUCCAUUCUGGCCCCCAUGCCAUGGAUGUCAUGUCAGGUCCCUUUGCUGACCAAAUCCGCGAGAUGGCCGACCCCAACUGCCGCAAACUCGUCGCCCCAGCCGCAGGUACGCCCCGUCCACCCACACAGGACGACCGCAUCCACAUCCCCGUUUGGAAUCGAAUUACAGGUGUCCAUGUGGUGCUGCCCAAGUGGUACUCGCCGCCCAACUUCGGCAUGAUCAUCCCGGAGACCACCGACGGGCGAGUGCUGUUCUAUCUGCCGUGGGAGGACAAUACGAUCGCCGGCACGACCGACGCCAAGUCGGUGCUCACACACCUGCCCAAGCCAACCAGCGAGGAGGUCGACUUCAUCGUCAGGGAGUCGGCACGAUACCUCUCCCUUGAUGAGGCGCAAAUAAGGUGGGUGCGGGUGUGGGUGUGGGCGGGGGAUGGAUGGGUGGGGAGAAGGUGUAUGGGGAUUGUGGAUGGAUGGAUGGAUGUGUGUGUGUGUGCAGGCAGGACAUCAAGGCGUCAUGGUCUGGCCUGAGGCCGCUCGUCAAAGACCCCAAGGUGAGCAAGGGAACACUUGUGUGAUGUCUUUGUCCCUCUUUCGCUUAUCAGUCAGCAGAUGAGGGCAGCACUGCCAAGCUGUCCCGAAGCCACGAGAUUGUUGUCGAUCCGUCGGGUCUCGUGUCAGUAAUGGGCGGCAAGUGGACCACCUACCGAAGAAUGGCACAGGUAAAGACCGACCGACCGACCGACCGACAGACAGACAGAGAGGGCGGGAGAGGUCAUGUGUGAUCUUGAUGUGUUUGCUGGCAGGAUGCGGUUGACAAGAUUCUGGAGGUCCAUCGCGAUAAGAUCAGGACGAGGGCGCCAUGCAGGUUAUUUACACAUACCUUCACCCACCUGGCCACGUGGCGCCAUGCAUGUCACUUGCUUGCUGCCGUGUUGGUUGUGUCGUUGCAGAACCAAGAAUCUGCUGAUCAUGGGAUCGCACGACCACACGGGCAACUUCCAGCCAAAGGUAAGUCAGUCGGCACGGCUGGAGAGGCACCCGACCAACACAGAGACCCAUCUGCAGAUGCGAUGCUGCGUGUGAUGGAUGCGUGUGUCCCUCCCAUCCCACUGGCCAGGAGGUGAGCGUGUUGGGCGGCAAGCUGCCUCUCCAUCUCACCAAACAGUACAACCUCAAACUGCCUACGGUAUACACACACACUUCCAGCACAGCACCCACUACCCAACAUGGGGGGCCCACCACAUCUACGCAGGCGGAGUAUUUGGUGCGGAGUUACGGCUUCCGUGCGCUCGACGUGUGUGAGCUGGGCAAGAAGGAGGGGCUGCUCGACCCACUUGUGCCGAACCAACCUUUCAUCAGAGCCGAAGUCGUCUAUGCUGUCAGGUGGGUGCACCGUGGCCAUGUCUGUCUGUGUGGGCGGCGGACAUGUGUGUCUGUGUCCGUGUCCGUUUUGUGUGGUCCACCGUGUCUGCAGACAUGAGAUGGGGUGCACCAUCCCCGACGUGUUGGGUCGGAGGAUCCGGCUGGCAUUCGUGGACGCAGAUGAGGCGUCACGAAUCGCACACGACGUACGCUACGCUACGCUCGCCACCCACAUCCACACACAUGCGCACAGAGUACGGUGAUGUCUCCCUCCCUCUGUGUGGUGACUAUGUGUCUGUCGAUCAGACUGUUCGUCUGAUGGCCCGUGAGCUCAAGUGGCACUUUUCGCAGAUCAGCGAGGCUGAGAAGGAGGCCAAGGCGUUCCUCCACACCAUGACCUACAAGAAUCCAGCAGAAUGAAUGAGUGAAUCUUCCUGUAGAUUGGUGCAUGCACACAUGCGUGUCUGUGUCGGUGAGCACCACCACUGGUGUGUGCUUUGGCCGUGAGCCUGCCUGUAGAAGUGUUGUGGGCUGUCUGUGUGUGCGUGUGCGUGUGCGUGUGUGUGUGUGCCUGCCAAGAGGCACGUGUGUGUGUGUGCGUGUGUCUUGUGCGUCCUUCGGUCCAUCGAGAUCCAUCGACCCAUUCAUUCUGAGAUUUCUUGUCGAGUGUACAGGCUUUGUAGCACAGCAGGGUGUGGGUACGAGCAAGGGGACUGUUUUGUUUGUGUUUUGUCGGAGGGGCUGUGGUGUGUGUGCAUGUCGACGGGAGGGAGGAAGGGAGGGAGGGAAGUGAAGUCGCUGAAUUCGUGCACGUCUAGCCAUCUAUAUAGACUGCAUGCCGGACACAAGGAGGCGCUUUAUGCGUUGAGGAAUCGAUGAAUGGACACGAGAGGGGGCAGCAGGCAGGCAGGCUUUCAUCGAAUAGAACG